CCUAUUUAUCUUACACAAGAUAUCCAAACCCAACUUUCAUCACCGGGAAUCCGCCCCCUCAAAUCGGGACACAGACAUGAUGAGCACACUCCAAAACAGAUUCGACAGCGCGGAGCCCAUGCAGCGCGAAACUUCAUCUGGACUAUCUAUUUUAGUAGUCGGGGGUGGAAUCGCUGGUUUGGGCUUUGCAAUUGAAGGAUAUCGAAAGGGUCAUAAUGUUCGCAUCAUUGAUCGGCGACCCAACUUCGAAGAUUACGGUGAUAUUAUCGGCAUCCUGGACUCUGCUUUGCAUUCAAUGAAACACUGGCCUGGGUUUCUUGAAGCAUGUUACGAAACGCCUUUCCCGAAAUCUUACAUGGCAUACAAGUAUGAUGGCUCACUUAUUGGAAAGUUGGGAGAAGGUCUUGGAAUGAGCCGAGCUGAAUUUCAUCGCCUGCUGCAUCAGUAUGCGUUACGAAUCGGUGUUUCCAUUCGCAACUCAGCCAAGGCAGUGGAUUAUUUUGAGACUGACAGCCAGGGUGGCGUCAUACUUGAGAGCGGAGAGCACCUCACUGCAGAUGUCGUCGUCGCCGCUGACGGGAUCGGCUCAAGAUCAUGGCGAUUGAUAGCUGGCACUAAGGAAGAGCCCAUAAGCUCAAGCUUCGCCAUGUUCAGGAGCACCUUUCCGGUUGAGUUGGCCAUGCAGAACCCGUUGAUUGCCGAGGCCUUCGCAGGCGUUGAGUCAGAGAGUCGGCUGUACUUCGGCCCUGGAGCUCAUAUGGUAAUGGGGAAAACGCCCAAAGAUAUGAUCUGGAUGCUCACACACAAGGACGAUGGCAAUGCUGCAGAAGACUGGGCCAGACCUGCCGAUCCUAUGGACGCGCUUCCUUAUGUGGAGGGCUGGGCGCCAUGGUUCAAGGAACUUAUCAAGACAACCCCGAAAGACAGGGUAGUGGACUUCAAGCUAAUGUGGCGCAAUCCUCGGGAAACGUGGGUUUCUCCCAAAGCACGAGUUGUCCAGGUUGGCGACGCAGCCCACACGUUCCUACCCACGUCGGCGAGCGGUGCUACGAUGGCACUUGAGGAUGCGUUUUCUCUUGCAGCUCUGCUUCAUCUGGGAGGGAAGAACAACGCGCCGUUGGCACUGAGGGUUCAAAACAAGCUCAGGUUUGAGCGUGUGACAUGUGCUCAGAAGAUGGGCUUCAAAAACAGGGAAACUUUCCAUAAUACUGACUGGGAUGCUGUAGCCAGGAAUCCCUCUUCAGUCAAUAAGCAGAUUGGUGACUGGGUCUCCAGGCACGACCCAGAGAGGUAUGCUUACGACAUGUACACGAAGUGCGUUAGUCACAUUAUCACCGGAACACCAUUCCACAAUUCAAACACGCCACCAGGGCAUACCUUUGCGCCAUGGACGGUUUCAGAGCUUCUAGAUUACGCAGCACGAGGGGAAAAGAUUGUGGAUGAUGGCGAUUGGUUUUGAAUAAUAGGGUGCUUUUUCGUUUCUGGGAGAUGAGAAGGUCCCUCUUGAUUGUACAAGCACCUGUGGUUGCAGGCCAAGAUCUGAGUGGUCCAACCAGGACUGCCGGACGGCGAUGCGCUAUCAGAGGCAGCUACUAGCGUGCAGACCAUUCUAAACAACAUCUACCAUGCUUUCCAAGGCAAGAAAGUUCCU